CUUUCAGGUGAGGCUGUCAAGUUUUGCGCUCGUCAGGAUAACUUUGUCGCGAGGAUCAGAGGACUUUUACCUGCCGUACCCUACUCAGAUCUUUUUAGCGAGCGAGUUAAUUUGUAACGUAUUGAACAAAUGUCAAACCGCCCCUCUUGUCUAACCGAGCGCUACCCACAGUGAAGAACGUGAUAGGCUAUGUGACAAAGAAGUUGCAGGCUUAAAACAAGUUUUAUUUUUAUUACACGUAUUGAUGUAGUUCAAAAGAGUGAAUUUGGAAAUACUCGUAUUAAUUAUGCAGCCCUAACUUCAUCUCGUGAGUUGGAUGCGUGAUAUUUUUAGUUGAUCUUGUAUCUAUCGAGAUGGAAACUGUCACUCCAUAAACGAUCAGACGAGAUGGGGAAAUGGGAGAUAACAAUGAACCCCGUGCAGGAGUGGGGCGAGGAGUGCGAGGAGGGGGUGGUGUAUGGGAUCACCCUGCGUCGAGAGCCCGCCCCUUCGUCCCCCAACCCCAGUGAGGCCCAGCCCAGCCAGGCCUACGUCCAGUACCGGACCUGCAAGGUCCGUCGGCUGAAAGCAGCCACUCUGAACCGGCUGGUUUGCCACCUGCAGGACCCGUGCUGCCCAGAACCAGACUACGGUAGAAUCUUCCUGUCCACGUACAGAACCUUCACCAGUACCAAGGCACUCAUUGAGCUGCUGUUUCAGAGACAAAAUGGUGCCUCGGACCUGGACAACAGUGAAUGCCACACGAGCCCCCUGAAGACUCUGCUCCACACCUGGCUGGAGGACUACAGGGAAGACUUCCGGGACCCCCCCGAGCACACCUCCCUCAGGCUGCUGUUGGAGCACCUGAGGCCCCAGCCUGGCUUCUCCUCUCUGGCCCUGAGGGCCGAGGCUCUGCUCAGGACUCUGCAGCGAAACGAGACUGACAGUGGUGCAGCCCAGGGAGAGUUGGAACGGGAAGAGGAAGAGUCUGGCGAGGAAGGUCCUGAUUGCGACAGCGCUCUGUAUCAGAGUGACAUCAUGGACUUCUCUGUCACGGGCAUCGCAGAACAGCUCACCCGAAUGGACUCGGAGCUGUUUGUGCGUGUGCUGCCCUACCAGUGUCUGGGCUGCGUGUGGUCUCAGAGGGACAAGAAGGAGAGCCUCUCUCCCACCAUCAGCGCCACCAUCUCCCAGUUCAACGCCGUCACCAACCGGGUCAUCACCUCCCUGCUCUGCCCGGCCGCCUGCGCCUCCGGCAGCCCCGCCUGUCCCCGCCGGGCGGCCUCCAGCCCCGCCCAGAGGGCCCGCGUCAUCGAGAAGUGGAUCCGGGUCGCGCAGGAGUGUCGACAGCUGAAGAACUUCUCCUCACUGAAGGCCAUCCUGUCAGCCUUGCAGUCCAACGCCGUCUACAGACUGGGGAAGACCUGGGCAGCUGUCAGCAGAGAGAGCAUCUCCACCUUUGACAACCUGUGGGAGACCUUCCCUGAUGAGAACUGUGUCCUGACCAACAGAGAGAUCCUUCAAGAGGAUGGCCUGUUGCCUGUCGUAGAUAACAUUUCUCCCAAGAUAUCCAAACGAUGCCCCAUGCCCAGACAGAUGAGUACGUCCAGCGGAGUGGUCCCCUACCUGGGCACCUACCUGACCGUGCUCACCAUGCUGGACACGGCGCUGUCCGACAGCGUUGAGGGGGGGCUCAUCAACUUCGAAAAACGGAGGAGGGAGUUUGAAAUUCUCUCCCAGAUCCGUGUGCUCCAGGGGUCCUGCUCCCAGUACAACCUCCCCCACCACCCCAGGAUCGCAGCCUGGCUGGGGGAAGAGAAACUGCUCUCCGACCAGGAGAGCUAUGAGUUGUCUCGAGGGCUGGAGCUUCCUGUGGACCUAUGUUCCCAGACCCCCUGGAGCCACCGCACUCUCACCAAGAAGCUCUCUGCGUUCCUGACGGUCACGGAGAAAUCCGGUAGGAAGACCCAUGCGGACCAGAUCAGCGUGUCCUCGUCAGGAUCCAGUGGGAUGGAUGAGAUGGAGGAUCUGUCCCCCUCUCAGCCAGCCUCCUCAAUAGGACUGCUGUCUCUGUCCAGCUCCUGCCAUAACGUGACCGAGGCCUUCCCCUCCUCCUCCCUGGACUCCACCGUCCCUUUCAGCUCCUCCUCCAGCUCCCAGCCGGACCUCUCCGCCCCGGCCCCCUUCUGCCCCCCUGCCGCCCCGGCCCCUGCCACCGCCCCCAGGGCCAAGCCCACCCUGGCCUCCCACCACAAGCGCUCGAUCUCCAUGACCUCCCUGCCCCUCUACAAUCGGCAGGUGGCCGACUCGUGCAUCAUCAGGCUGAGUGUGGACUGUGGCAGCGACAACGGCAACAUGUACAAGAGCAUCCUGCUGACCAGUCAGGACAAAACGCCCCAGGUGAUCCAGAGAGCCCUGGAGAAGCACCACCUGGAGCACAUGAGCAGUCAGGACUUCAGUCUCACUCAGAUCAUCUCAGGAGAGAGAGAGCUGCUCAUCCCGGAGAAGGCCAACGUGUUCUAUGCCAUGUCAACCUCGGCGAACUAUGACUUCGUCCUGCGCCAGUGUCGAGGCAAGAAGAAGCCCUUGUGUGCCACCUCAAGUCUGGGUCGCUACACAAAGUAGCGCCCCCUGUGGCGAGGAGUGGUCGUGCAACGUGAGCUGCAGCAACACGGGACAGAUCAAGCUAGAGCCUUGACGUUUUAGAAUUUGUAAAAAGACUAUUUACCCGUUUUCAAGACGGACAAACGUCCAUUUGAAGUCCUGAGCGGUAGAAUGAGAGGGCACUUGAGAACUGCAGAGGAAGCGGACGAGAAGAUGGCACUUUGUGAAGAAUGCAUGUGAUGAGUGCAGCUGUCACACGCCUUGAACAGAACCUUCUUGAAUGAUUGGUGGAGACUCUGCCCUACACCUCUGGAAACGAGACUGGAACACAGCAUUCCAUUUGAAGUGUGUGACUUCCCCUCAGGGUGUCUGGCAGCCCUGGAACAUGAGUCACAUGGCAUCGACAAACAGCAGGAUAUUGAAUUGGUUUUAGCAUGGAGACUGCUUUUAGACACACGCACGCGCACGCACGCACACAACACACACACCACACACCACACACACACACACCACACACCACACACACCACACACCACACACACACACAGGUUGUUUCCCUUUUUGUCUCCUCUUUCAACAAGCCCACCCAAGUUCGUCAGCGGAGCACGGGUGAAUGACCGGUGCCUGGCUUCUAAAUGAACAUGAAGAGCAUUUGACUGACAGCUUCCCAACUGGGAGGAGAAAAUACCUUACCGGUUCUAACCUUGGGGUCCGGAAAGGGACAAAGACCAGGCUCAGAGUGAAGGACACAUGGUGUGACAGGAGCCACACACACACAAACACACAGACAAACAGACAGAUGGACAGACACACAGACCUCUGCUCACAUAAGACAACCAGCCAGCUGGAGCUAGACCUAGUCAAGUAUAUCCAAGUGUCAUUUUAUAUUUUGGGACUUCACUGAUGGUAGAAGUAUGCCCGGGCGAGUUCUGCUGACAGCGGGGAGCGUCCGGCUCAGACAUGAUGUGGCCCAGGUCUGGUCCCAGCCUCGCGGCCGGGCCACCUGAGAGGUGGAUGGGAAUGUUCCCGCCACAUUAGUUCUGUUCCGCUGCCCGAUCGACAGCAGACGCGGGCCGAUAAGAAUCGGGUGUGGGGGAGAGAGAGAGGAGUGUCUGGCCUGACAGGCUGAGUGACAUUCCAGCUACAUAGAACCACUUAGUAGACACUUAGUAGACAGGCCUAGAGCAAAAAAGCAGGUGUAGCAGAAAUGGAAGAAAUAGUGGAAUGUAGAGACUUGAGCCAAGAGAACACAGGUGACUGUCACAUUUCUAGGGAUUAGAAUGGUGACCAGAAUCACAUGUGCAUUGUUUAAUUGGACUACUGUAGAGUGCUGCAUUUCAGUGUUAUUGUAAUUAAUGAUUGGUUGCCAGUUGAUUAGUUUCGAUAUUAUGUUUUUACAUUGUUGUGCAUUGUUAUUUAUAUCUAUGGUUCUCGAUGAUGUUCAAGAUGUGUACAGUACAACUCUGUGGAACCUAUUAAUUUAACACAAACAAACUUUCACACUGAAUUUUCUUGAAUUGACCAAAACUGAUUCUAAUGAAAUGGAAAUGAAGUGAGGUCAUAAUUUAUGUAGUUUUUAAAUGUACAUAGUUUUAUUUAUGAUCCGGGUAAUAGGGCCUGUCAGGCCAAUGAGAGCUGAGCAUUUAAAAUCAUCAUGACUCAAAUCAGUUAUGCAACAUUCUGUCAACAAAACAACAGUCUUUGCUAGUCCUCUAGCAAAGACUAGUCUUUGCUAACUCUCUGACAAGAAUGGUUCUUUUUAGACCCCAAAAAAUUUCUGUUGCAUGCUUCAUUUAACGCAAAUAAUAUAAUCAAUAUUAAAUUAUUCUUAUAUUAUAUAUUAAUAUAAAUUGUAUAUGAAUAUUGAAUAUACCAAGAGUUUCCAAUAAUAACGGUGAUAUUAGAUGACCUAUAGAUUCAGUAAAGAUAAGUGAUUUUACAGUCUGCAUUAAUCACAACAACGAUGCCACCACAACACGAAUAUGUAAUCAAAUAGUAAAAACUAAAGGCCUACAUAUCUCUCAUAAUAAUGCUUGGAAUCUGUUGGUUUGUUUUGUGUGUGUGUGUGCGCGCGCACGAGCUUGUGUGUCCACGUUAGUUUCCUACGAUUGUCUGGAGAACCGUGCACUCUGCAAAGUUCGAAAUUUCGCAGGUGUCUUUAUCAUCCAACGGAGUUACAGCCUCUAGAUGUUUGUGGUGGUUAGACAAUUUAACAGAACAAAUGAAUACUUUUUGAUCAACGUAAAAUAAGUAAUUGAUAACGUAGGAAACAGCAGACAAAUUAAGGCUACAUAAUCAUUUGCAUGUAUAGGCUACCACAGCAUCGGCAAUUUGACUAGAAU